GGUGACCUCCGCGGGCUCGCUGGCGGCCUCAGCGGCACGUCGGGCUCGGCCAUGAUCGACGGGGACGAGAGCUUCGACGGCGCCAAGGCGUACAAGGACAGCAAGGUGUGCAACAUGCUGACCAUGCAGGAGUUCCACCGGCGGUACCACGAGGAGACCGGCAUCACCUUCUCCUCGCUCUACCCCGGCUGCAUCGCCACCACGGGGCUGUUCCGGGAGCACAUCCCGCUGUUCCGCACGCUCUUCCCGCCGUUCCAGAAGUUCAUCACGAAGGGGUUCGUCUCGGAGGCGGAGUCCGGCAAGAGGCUGGCGCAGGUGGUGGCGGAGCCCAGCCUGACCAAGUCCGGCGUGUACUGGAGCUGGAACAAGGACUCGGCGUCCUUCGAGAACCAGCUCUCGCAGGAGGCCAGCGACCCCGAGAAGGCCCGCAAGGUCUGGGAGCUCAGCGAGAAGCUCGUCGGACUCGCCUGAUCUCCCACCCACCUCCGGCUCCGGCCACGUCCAGGCAAUGCAUGCAUCUAGGACGCCGAUGCUGAACUUGUCGCAUUUUUUAACGUUGGUAAUUACCAUUUUUACGUCUUUUUAGAAACUCAAUUACCCGGGAGAGGCCUUGCGAGUGUCGGCGAGAGUGCAUAGAUCUCGUGUGGAAGAUGUACAAUUUUCGGCGAACCAUGAAUAAUAAAACUGCAGGCCUGAUUGAGGAUGGCA